CGUGUUUUGUUUUCUUUUCGCGUGCGCCCAGUGUAACGAGCACGUUUUGGACAAUCAUUUUUUAGGUGUGAAAUCAUGCGAACAGUUGCAUUAAUAAGUGGAGGGAAAGAUAGUUGUUACAAUAUUUUGCAAUGUAUAGCUGCUGGUCAUGAAAUUGUAGCUCUAGCAAAUCUCCAUCCACCUAGUAAUAAUGACAAUGGUUAUAAUACUCCAUUGGUUGAUGAGAUGGACAGCUACAUGUACCAAACAGUGGGACAUGAUGCCAUAGCACUGUAUUCCGAAGCUACAGGCCUACCGUUGUAUCGUGAAACCAUCAGAGGCAAAAGUGUCCAUCAAGGUUCUGACUACAUAUUUAGUAGUCAAGAAGAUGAAGUAGAAGAUUUGUAUAGACUUUUAGUUCGUGUCAAAGAGGCUGAAGCUGUUGAAGCAGUUUCUGUUGGAGCUAUUCUGUCCAAUUACCAGCGUGUUAGAGUUGAAAAUGUCUGUAGCAGACUUGGUUUAGUAUCACUGAGCUAUUUGUGGCAGAGGGACCAAGAAGAACUAUUAGAAGAAAUGAUUAAAAGUGGCAUGAAUGCCAUACUAAUAAAAGUUGCUGCGCUUGGCCUUGAUCCUAAAAAACAUCUUGGCAGAUCCCUCCAACAUUGCCAGCAUGAACUGAUAAAGCUGAAAGGAAAAUUUGGUUUGAAUGUAUGUGGAGAGGGGGGUGAGUAUGAAACCCUUACACUGGACUGCCCCAUCUUCAGAAAAGUGAUUGUUGUAGAGGAAUCAGAAACUGUUCUGCAUUCUAAGGAUCCAUUUGCCCCAGUAGCUUACUUGAAAUUCCCCAAGCUCUCUCUCGCCGACAAGGAACCUUCUUCAACUCUGGAUUUUGAUCUGGUACGAAAACCUGAAGACUUCUGUCGCAUUGAAUUAGAUAGUCACUAUGACGAAAAACCUCCAGAUGUUUCGCCUGAUCGUGUAUUCAAGAAUGCUGACAUGGUUUCAUUCCUCGGAAGUAGUCAGAGCAAUUCUGGAAUUAUCUUCAUUAGCGGAUUGGUGGUUGAUUCGGAAUCUGAUUUUAAAGACGUGAUGAAUGUUCUUCAAGGUAUUAUCGAAAACCACGGCUCUGAUAUGAAAGCUCUCUUAUCUGUUUGCUUGUACGUAAGGGACAUGGCUGAUUAUCCUCGAAUUAAUAACAUUUAUGGCCAAUACUUUGAUUUGAACCCACCUGCGCGAGUAUGUGUAGAAGUGCCGAUUGCAUGCUAUGCUAUAAUUGAAGCGUCGGCAACUUUAUCGGUCGAUCUCAAACGUUCCCUUCACGUUCAAAGCAUUUCUCAUUGGGCACCUGCUAACAUUGGACCGUACAGCCAAUGUGUGUUAACAGGUGAUUUGUUCGCAAUGUCAGGACAAAUUGGUCUUAUACCUGGCUCAAUGAGUUUUCCGAAACCUGCCAACUUUGUUGCAGAAUGUCGCCUUGCCCUCCGUCAUGUGGCCCGUGUUCUCUGCGCGAUGGAUGCAAACGUUUCUCUCUUUAAGGCGUUACAAGUUGUGUGCUUUGUCUGCGAUGCGAUUCAUAUUGCUGCAGCCAAAGUAGUAUGGACAGAGUACGGCGGUGAUCCGCAUCAGCCAAUCGCUUUCGUCAUCGCUCGUAGUUUGCCCAGGAACGCUUUGGUUGAAUGGCAAGUGUGGACUCACAGGGUUAAGGGAUCCACCGAGAAGCUAACGGUAAUGGUGUCACCAUCGAAGAAAGCCGGGCAUAUUUAUGUGACGAACUGUGAAGAAGCGACCGCUCUCGUGUGUCAAUUAAGUAACAUUCCCGCCGAUGCGAAAGAAUGGAGAACACUCUACCAGAGGCUUGCCCAACAAUUGGGCCAAAAUCAUGCACUAAGAAUCUUUUACAAGAGCGAGAAUGAUUUCCAAUUAAAAAUGUUAAACAACAUAUUUCCUGAGUCCAUCGCGACAACUUUAAUCCCUGUUUGUGGAUUAGAAACAGGACAAGCUGCCCUUAUUUGCGGUAUAAACGUUUAAAGCCUUCAAA